AUGGACAUCGGCAAGGGCCUCCCAGCCACUGAGAGCCACAGGGACCUCCAUAUAUGGAUCAUUGAGAACCUGAAGAUGGUGCCAGUCACCGAGAGGGCUUAUGGGAACUUCUUCGAGGAUCACUGCUACAUCGUCCUCCACGUUCCCCAGAGCCUGAAGGCCGUGCAGGGGGCGCCCAGCGACCUGCACUACUGGGUCGGGAAGGAGGCGGGCGCGGAGGCUCAGGGCGCGGCAGGCGCCUUCGUGCAGCACGUGCAGGAGGCACUGGGCGCCGCCACCGUGCAGCACCGGGAGGCGCAGGGCCACGAGUCCGACUGCUUCCGCAGCUACUUCCGCAGGGGCAUCAUCUAUAGGAAAGGAGGCCUGGCCUCUGCCCUCAGGCAUGUGGAGACCAACGUGUACAACAUCCAGCGACUGCUGCGCAUCCAAGGGAGGAAGCACGUGUCAGCCACCGAGGUGGAGCUCUCUUGGAACAGCUUUAGUAAGGGUGACAUCUUCCUGCUGGACCUGGGCAAGGUGAUGAUCCAGUGGAAUGGGCCCGAGGCCAGCAUUUCUGAGAAGGCGCGGGGCCUGGCCCUGACCUGCAGCCUUCAGGACAGGGAGCGCGGUGGUCGUGCCCAGAUUGGUGUGGUGGAUGACGAGGUCGAAGCCACUGACCUCAUGCAGGUCAUGGAAGCUGUGCUGGGCUGCAGAGUGGGCAACCUGCAUGCCACCAGGCCCACCAAGAGUAUUAGCCAGCUGCAGAAGGCCAGUGUCCGCCUCUACCACGUUUGUGAGAAGGAUGAGGACUUAGUGAUCCAGGAGUUGGCGACCUGCCCACUAACCCAAGACCUACUGCAGGAGGAGGACUACUACAUCCUGGACCAGGGUGGUUUCAAGAUCUACGUGUGGCAGGGACGCAUGUCUGGCCUCCAAGAGAAAAAGGCUGCCUUCAGCCGAGCUCUGGCCUUCAUCCAGGCCAAAGGCUAUCCGACCUACACCAACGUGGAGGUGGUGAACGACGGCGCCGAGUCCGCCGCAUUCAAACAGCUCUUCCAGACUUGGUCUACGAACCAGCGAAGGAACAAGAACCUCGACGGGAUGAGUAAAUUGAUUCGGGUAAGGCCGGAUGUGGGCAAGCUGCACAGUCAGCCUGAACUAGCGGCCGAGCUCAGGAUGGUGGACGACGCCUCCGGGAAGGUGGAGGUGUGGUGCAUCCAGGACUUACGCAGACAGCCCGUGGACCCCAAGCAUCACGGACAGUUGUACGCGGGCAGCUGCUACCUGGUCCUCUACACAUACCAGAAGAUGGGCCGCGUCCAGUACCUCCUGUAUCUGUGGCAGGGCCACCAGGCCACCACACGUGAGAUCAGCACCCUGAACUGCCACGCCGAGCAGCUGGACCUCAUGUACCGUGGAGCCCUGGUGCGGGAACACGUGACCAUGGGUAGCGAGCCCCCUCACUUCCUCGCCAUCCUCCAGGGCCAGCUGGUGGUCUUCCAGGGGCACGCGGGGCACGAUGGGAAGGGGCAGCCAGCACCUGCCACGAGGCUCUUCCAUGUGCAAGGCACAGACAGCUACAACACCAAGACCGUGGAGGUGCCGGCCCGUGCCUCAGCUCUCAGCUCCAAUGACAUCUUCUUGCUGGUCACAGCUGGCCCCUGCUACCUCUGGUUUGGAAAGGGCUGCAGCGGUGACCAGCGUGAGAUGGCGCGGACGGUGGUCACUGCCAUCUCUGGGGAGAACAAGGAAACGGUGCUGGAGGGUCAGGAGCCUUCCCACUUCUGGGAGGCCCUGGGAGGCCGAGCUCCCUACCCCAGCAACAAGAGGCUUCCCGAGGACGUCUCCAGCUUCCAGCCACGGCUGUUUGAGUGCUCCAGCCAGAUGGGCCACCUGGUCCUCACAGAAGUGGUGUUCUUUAGCCAAGAGGACCUGGACAAGUAUGACAUCAUGUUACUGGACACCUGGCAGGAGAUCUUCCUAUGGCUCGGGGAAGCUGCCAGUGAGUGGAAGAAGGAGGCGGUGGCCUGGGGCCGAGAGUACCUGAAGACGCACCCGGCAGGGAGGAGCCCUGCCACGCCCAUCGUGGUGAUCAAGCAGGGCCACGAGCCUCCCACCUUCACUGGAUGGUUCCUCACCUGGGACCCUUAUAAGUGGACUAAUAACCAGUCCUAUGAGGAGGUGGUGGAUGGCAGCCUGGGAGCAAAACCUGCCAUAGUUAUAAAAGCAGAACUGGACAACUUGCAGCUCUCUAGAGGGCCAAGCAAUGGCAGCGCAGGCCCCUUGACCCCGCGGGCCCUCGAGGGCUUCCAGGAGGGCUCAGGGAACGAGCUGCAGCUAGGGCCCAAGGCCGGGGGCACCAGCACCAGCACCGGCAGCUUGCACAGCAGCCCCAGACCCACCACCAGUGGGAGCCUGCCCCGUGAACAGCUAAUGCACCAGGCUGCCGAAGACCUGCCAGAGGGUGUUGACCCAGCCCACAAGGAGUUCUAUCUCUCCGACUCUGACUUCCAAGAUAUCUUUGGGAAAUCCAAGGAAGAAUUCUAUAGCAUGGCCAAAUGGAGGCAGCAGCAGGAGAAAAAGCAGCUUGGCUUGUUCUGACCCCAGGCCCUGCCCCUGCCAGUGCCACCCACAUAGCCAGGACUCCCACGCGUACCUUCCCAACACAUACCUGAGCCUCCUGGGAGACCCCGCUGGCAAAGCCUAGCUGGAGACUCCCGGGUCAACCCCUCCACCCCGGUCAAUAAAAGCUGGUGGCCCUCA